AGCUGGCUUUUGCUGCUUGAGGUGCAUUCUCAUCUUUGUUCCAACCUGAAGGAUCUUCACAAGCCAUUUGGGGAUUGAAGCAGCUGAAAUGAGAAAGAGGCAGCAGUCACAAAAUGAAGGAACAUCUGCUAUGUCUCAAGCCCCUGGAAACCAAAGGCCCAACAACACUUGCUGCUUUUGUUGGUGCUGUUGUUGCAGCUGCUCAUGCCUCACUGUUAGGAAUGAAGAUAGAGGGGACACUGCAGGAAGAUUCGCACAUACAACCAAAAUGGAGAGUAUCCAGGUCAUAGAGGAGUGCCAAAAUACCACGACAGAUGAAAUUAUGUCAUGGUCUCAGAAUUUUGACAAGAUGAUGAAGACCCCAGCUGGCCGAAACCUCUUCAGGGAGUUUCUUCGAACAGAAUACAGUGAAGAGAACCUACUUUUCUGGCUUGCCUGUGAAGAGCUAAAGAUGGAACAGAACAAGAAAGUUAUUGAAGAAAAGGCCAAGCUCAUAUAUGAAGAUUAUAUUUCUAUACUUUCACCUAAAGAGGUCAGUCUAGACUCUCGAGUGCGAGAAGUGAUCAAUAGAAAUCUGUUGGAUCCCAAUCCUCACAUGUAUGAAGAUGCCCAACUUCAGAUAUACACUUUAAUGCACAGAGACUCUUUCCCAAGGUUUUUGAACUCUCCGAUUUAUAAAUCUCUUGUUGAAAGUAUUGGUUCUACUUCUGAAUCUUAGUUUUCAUUUUUGGAAACAAUAUCAAUUGCUUUUUGGAGGGCUAGGAUGGGAAAUAAAAAAAGUAGUUAAAUACCAUCUGAAGCUGAGUUCCUGGGGAACUACAGUUUAGCACUACUCAGGCUACUGUGAAAAAAAAAAUUCAACACAUUAUGGUCUUUUGUCUGCAUUUUCACCGAGAUCAUUCAUGCUUAAGUUUGAAGAAAACCUGGAAUAUUGGGAUUGCCAAAUGACAGUUGUUUUACUCAACACACACUUACUGCAAGCAAGAUGUACGUAGAGUUCUAUGAACAGUCUCCUUGUGUAUCCUCACACUGCAUGUGCAAGGUAAAGCUGCUUCAUUUGCCACUUAGAUGUUGCAAUAUUUAAUCCAAUAACAUAACUUAUAUCUGUAUUUAAGGAUAUUUUUGUGCAAUAUGAUCUGAUAUAGAAAUAAUUGCCACAAAUCAGGCUGUGGUUUGCAUUUUUUAGCAGAAAUUAAUGCAGAAAAAGCCAAUUUUUAAAGUAUAACAACAGAAAUCCACAUGCUACAUGGCAUACCAUACACUGAUUUUGAAGCCAACAUUUCUGUACUGGAAAAAGAGCUACUUAUCACUGUUUAUCAAAAAAUCCUAAUAGGGAAUUUUGCUGUUGUUCACUGCCAAAACUGUGGCAUUUUCGUUACAGAGUUUGCAAUGUCAAAAAAGCACAAACCAUUUGAAGGGAUCCAUGUCUGGUUGACAAAAAUCUAUGCGCUGAUAUUGUUUUUAAUUGUUAUACAAAAAAGAAUCUCUGUACAUUUCAGAUGUCAGAUACUGUAAUUGAUUAAAGACUGGUUAUCCAGUUCUAUCACUGUUGUGUAAUGUUAUGUACUUCAGCGAGAAAAAUGAAAAAGAAAAAAAAAGCUUGAUACUUAAGUUUUUGAAUAAUGAGAUUUAAUAAAAGA